GCAGCCAUGAGAACGCUCGCUGCCCUGCUGCUGCUGCUGGCGGCCUCCGCGCAGGCGCGGACCGCCUUCCGCGGGUACGCCAGUCAGGCACUGGACAGCAGCGAUGACUCUCUGGCCGGAUCCAGCUGGGACGAUGCCGACUCGGCGCCGGGAAAGGUGGACGACUCGUCCUCGUCCGACUGGGACAGCUCGGCCAACUCACUGAGCGACGACCUGGGCACCUCGUCCGACGACGGCUACUCGAGCUCCCAGGACGUCAGCGGAGCCGACUACGGCUCGUUCGACGAUGGCGGCGACUGGAGUCAGAAGACAUCCUACGACGACGAUUACAAAUACUCGCAGUACAGCACAAGCGGCACGGACGACGUGACUGACAACGACAGCGACCAGAAUGGUGGCUACGAUGGACAGGAUGACUAUAGUAGCAGCAGCUACGACGGACAGGACGACAGCAGCAGCGACGACUAUUACAAGGGAUAUGAUAGCCAGGACGAUUAUGGAAAUGAUGACUACUCUAAGGGAUCCGAUAGUCAGGAUGACUAUGGAAACGACGACUACUACAAGGGAUCCGAUAGCCAGGAUGACUACAGCAACGAUGAUUACAACAAGGGAUACGACAGCCAGGAUGAUAAUGGCAACAAUGACUAUGACAAGGGAUACGAUAGUCAAGAUGAUAAUGGCAACGAUGACUACUACAAGGGAUACGACAGCAAAGAUGACACUGGCAACGAUGACUACGACAAGGGAUACGAUAGCCAGGAUGACAAUGGCAACGAUGACUACUACAAGAAUCAAGACGACAAUGGCAGUGAUAAUUACUACAAGGGAUACGAUAGUCAAGAUGAUAAUGGAAACAAUGACUACUACAAGGGAUACGAUAGCCAAGAUGACACUGGCAACGAUGACAACUACAAGGGAUACGAUAGCCAGGAUGACAAUGGCAACGAUGACUAUUACAAGGGAUAUGAUAGCCAGGAUAACAGUGGCAACGAUGACUACGACAAGGAAUACGAUAGUCAGGAUGACAAUGGCAAUGAUGACUACUAUAAGGGAUACGAUAGCCAAGAUGUCAACGGCAACGAUGACUACUACAAGGGAUACGAUAACCAGGACGACAAUGGCAAUGAUGACUACUACAAGGGAUAUGAUAGCCAGGAUGACAAUGGCAACGACGACUACGACAAGGGAUACGAUAGCCAGGACGACAAUGGCAAUGAUGAUUAUUACAAGGGAUACGAUAGUCAGGAUGACAACGGCAACGAUGACUACUACAAGGGAUAUGAUAGUCAGGAUGAUAAUGGAAACGAUGACUACUACAAGGGAUACGAUAGCCAAGAUGAUAACGGCAACGAUGACUACGACAAGGGAUACGAUAGCCAAGAUGACAACGGUAACGAUGACUACUACAAGGGAUACGAUAGUCAGGAUGAUAAUGGAAACGAUGACUACUACAAGGGAUACGAUAGCCAAGAUGAUAACGGCAACGAUGACUACGACAAGGGAUACGAUAGUCAAGAUGACAACGGUAACGAUGACUACUACAAGGGAUACGAUAGCCAGGACGACACUGGCAACGAUGACUACUACAAGGGAUAUGAUAGCCAGGAUGACACUGGCAACGAUGACUACUACAAGGGAUACGAUAGCCAAGAUGACAACGGCAACGAUGACUACUACAAGGGAUACGAUAGUCAGGAUGAUAAUGGAAACGAUGACUACUACAAGGGAUACGAUAGCCAAGAUGACAACGGCAACGAUGACUACGACAAGGGAUACGCUAGCCAAGAUGACAACGGUAACGAUGACUACUACAAGGGAUACGAUAGCCAAGAUGACAACGGCAACGAUGACUACGACAAGGGAUACGAUACCCAAGAUGACAACGGCAACGAUGACUACUACAAGGGAUACGAUAGUCAGGAUGAUAAUGGAAACGAUGACUACUACAAGGGAUACGAUAGCCAAGAUGACAACGGCAACGAUGACUACUACAAGGGAUACGAUAGUCAAGAUGACAACGGUAACGAUGACUACUACAAGGGAUACGACAGCCAAGAUGACAACGGCAACGAUGACUACGACAAGGGAUACGAUACCCAAGAUGACAACGGCAACGAUGACUACUACAAGGGAUACGAUAGUCAGGAUGAUAAUGGAAACGAUGACUACUACAAGGGAUACGAUAGCCAAGAUGACAACGGCAACGAUGACUACUACAAGGGAUACGAUAGCCAAGAUGACAACGGCAACGAUGACUACGACAAGGGAUACGAUACCCAAGAUGACAACGGCAACGAUGACUACUACAAGGGAUACGAUAGUGAGGAUGAUAAUGGAAACGAUGACUACUACAAGGGAUACGAUAGCCAAGAUGAUAACGGCAACGAUGACUACGACAAGGGAUACGAUAGCCAAGAUGACAACGGGAACGACGACUACUACAAGGGAUACGAUAGCCAGGAUGACAGCGGCAACGAUGACUACUACAAGGGAUACGAUAGCCAGGACGACAAUGGCAACGAUGACUACUACAAGGGAUAUGAUAGCCAGGACGACAAUGAAAACGAUGACUACUACAAGGGAUAUGAUAGUCAGGAUGACAAUGGUAACGAUGACUACUACAAGGGAUACGAUAGCCAAGAUGACAACAGCAACGAUGACUAUUACAAGGGAUACGAUAGCCAGGACGACAAUGGCAACGAUGACUACUACAAGGGAUAUGAUAGCCAGAAUGACAAUGGCAGCGAUGACUACGACAAGGGAUACGAUAGUCAGGAUGACAAUGGCAACGAUGACUACUACAAGGGAUACGAUAGCCAGGAUGAUAAUGGAAACGAUGACUACUACAAGGGAUACGAUAGCCAAGAUGACAACGGCAACGAUGACUACUACACGGGAUACGAUAGCCAGGACGACAAUGGCAACGACGACUACUACAAUGGAUAUGAUAGCCAGGAUGACAAUGGCAGCGAUGACUACGACAAGGGAUACGAUAGUCAGGAUGACAAUGGCAACGAUGACUACUACAAGGGAUACGAGAGUCAAGAUGACAACGGGAAUGAUGACUACUACAAGGGAUACGAUAGCCAGGAUGAUAAUGGAAACGAUGACUACUACAAGGGAUACGAUAGCCAAGAUGACAACGGCAACGAUGACUACUACAAGGGAUACGAUAGCCAGGAUGAUAAUGGAAACGAUGACUACUACAAGGGAUACGAUAGUCAAGAUGACAACGGGAACGAUGACUACUACAAGGGAUACGAAAGCCAGGAUGAUAAUGGAAACGAUGACUACUACAAGGGAUACGAUAGCCAAGAUGACAACGGCAACGAUGACUACUACAAGGGAUACGAUAGUCAGGAUGACAAUGGAAACGAUGACUACGACAAGGGAUACGAUAGCCAGGAUGACAGUGGCAGCGAUGACUACUACAAGGGAUACGAUAGCCAGGACGACAGUGGCAGCGAUGACUACUACAAGGGAUAUGAUAGCCAAGAUGAUAAUGGCAACGAUGAUUACUAUAAAGGACAAGAUACUCAGGAUGAUAAUGGCAGCGAUGACUAUUAUAAUGGCAGCAAUGGUCUGGACGACGGUGGGGACGAUGGCUUCUAUGACGGCAGCAGUGACCGGAUUGACGGCGGUGAUGACGGGUUCGAUGGCGCGUACGGCGGCUCUCAGUUCGACAGUCACGAUGCCUCCGACUCCGGAAUGGACGACGGCUUCCGGAGCGCGGCGGGCGGCGGCGCAGGCCUGGAGGACGGUCCCGGUGACCUGUCCUCCCAGGUGGAGGAGGUGGAGAGCGCUCCCCAGCCUGAGGAGGAGUUCCAGCAGGCAGGCCACGUGCAGACACAGCGACUGCUGCGCGGCGUCGGCAGCAGCUACGGCGGCUACGGCGACUCCUAUGACGACAGUCUGAGCGGCGGAUACACAGACGACUACAGCGGCGGCAGCAGCGGGUCCUUGGACGCCGGCACCAGCGACGACUACUGGGUGCCCUAGUGCGCCCACCGAACUCUAGCUCCUGUGCCAAUUCUCACCCCGUGUGUGACGAUAUACGACGUCAGCUCUAUGACGUCACUGCUGAGUGAAUGCCGCGUCUUAUCUGUAUCGGAUGGGACGCCGGAUUAUUGUAACUGCAUCGUGAAUUUGUGCAAAUAUA